ACGUAGAUACGUCUGCAGUGACGUCAAGCGCUUCUUCACCGGUCUCGUUGUCACGGUAACCCGCCCCUGACAACAAUGGCGGCUUCGCGGAGAGACUUGAAAAAGUCCUGGGAAAACAGAGGAGAGUCGGCGACGGACGACGGAGGACCGAGACCCACGAUGUUGGACGCGUGUCCCGGGACCGUGGGAGAGACGACUGUGCUGCAGCGGCUGCUGGUGAUUGCUCGUCUCCCCCACGAUCAUGUCGACAGGACCGAGCUGGGAGCUUAUUAUGAAAGACUCCACUUCCAGCUAAGCAAACAGUACAUAUGGGAUCACAUGACAGGCCUGCUGUUAAUAUAUCCCAACUGUGUGCUGCACUUCAUCGAAUCGUCAAGGGAUGUUCUGGUGUCUGUUGUGAAAGACCUUGAAGACAUGCGACAACAGACAGACUGCAAGCUGCUGGAGGCAGCAAAGGUGGUGCUCAUGGCACACGACCCCCUCGGCAGGAUGUUCCCACAGUGGAGCUACAAGGUGCUGGGUGAGGACGACGCGGUCGGGGACCCUACGGAACAGGAUGAAGAAGACGAGACCACAGAGGGUCUGGUUCUCGGCGUCCUGUCCGAGCUGCAGGUCCUGAGCAAGCAACUGGAAACGUCGAAGAAGGCUCUGCCCGGACUGGUGCUGGACGAGAAUCCGGAGCUGAUCAUCUCUCACGAUGAUCUGGAGAAGCUGCUUCGUCGCGACGAUCUCCUGAGUCCACGGCUCUACCUGCAGAUGUACAACUCCCCCUUGAACGUCAGCAUGGGCUUCGGACAAGUCAUCCGAAGCAGCUGCCUCACCACAGUUUAACCUUCUUUGGACAAAAAAGCUCAGAGAACGGGGGGUUUGGCCUCGGACGUGACUGGAGAGAACUCACCGCCAUCCACCGGGAGGCAGAUUUAUAUCCACGUUUCACCGCGGCACUUUCCUUCCACUCGUUUCACUUGUUGGCUCCAUAAACGUCUCCCUCUGCUCCAAAUGAUCUCAUGAAUAAAAGUUCUUGUGAGUGAAAAGACA